AUCCGACAGGUGCUAUGUUGCUAUGGAAUCGAAACAAACAGGAAACGGUGUCGAUGUAUAAAUAAAUCAUAUUUAUUUUGUCGACCUUAUUUUGUUGGUCAUAUUUUUAACAUUUUAGACCAGACAUGGCUCUUACAGUUAUUUCAGCAAAAUAUCCUCCUCACAUAGAUCCUUCAAAAACACCAUUGGCUUAUGGAGACAGAGCUUUACCCCGCUUGAACAGAGAAUUGCAAGAUGCUAACCUUUUAACCAGACAACGAGCAGUGAUGUCUUUAUGUGACCACCUUCAUGAUCCAGAGAACAUUGCAGAGGCUUUAAAAGUCGGUAUUGCAGAAAGCUUGAAGAAACUCCUCACUGAUCAAGAUAUAACAGUACGACAGAAAUCUACAGAAUGCCUGUUUGUAAUUGGCACUCAUGCUAUUGGACGUGAAGCCUUUCUUGAGCACAAAAUUAUUCCUCCAGUUGCUAAACUCUUUGAUGACAAGGUGGAUAUUGCAAGAAAAAAUGCACACAAAGCUAUUGAGAUGAUAGCAGAAACACCCCAGGGAGCUAGUGGCAUAGUUGAAGCAGAUUUAAUUGGAACCCUUGUUAGCAAAUUAAAAUCUGAAGUUGAUGAAAUAAAGCUCCUGAUUCUUGACACUCUGCAUUUUUGCAUGAGAGUAGAUACAACAAAGGCACUGAAUGCUGAUGCCAUGACGGUGUUCACAUCUCUGCUGAAGCAUAAGGAUUCUGCCAUCAGAGCAAAGGCUGCCAGGGAUAUCAUGGACCUAAGUGCUCCUCUGGCAGGGAAGAACAAGGCAGUGGAAGUGAAUGCGGUGCCAGAGCUGGUAAAACUGCUGACUGACUCCGCGCCUGAUGUGAAGGCUAAUGCAGCAGGAGCUCUCAUGAUCAUUACCAUAACAACAAAAGGAAAGUACACAGCCUUGGAAGCCAAAGCAAUAGCACCUCUUGUCACCCUUGUAGAUGACUCUACCAGCGAGGUCUGUGCAAAUGCAUUGAAGGCCCUAACAUGCCUCUCUGAGGCCCCAGAAGGACGAAGAACAUUACUGGAGCAUGUAGGCAAGAUCAAGGUGCAUCAGAAGGACCCUAUCCCAGCUGUUGCCCGGGCAGCUGAUAUUGCAGUGAAGGUCAUUGAAUGGAAACCAUAGGGCAUUCACAUGUGCAGUUUACAUAGCUACAACACAUAAAGACAUCUUACAUAUUUUGUGACUGAUUUGUUGAAUUAUAUUUUCAUGUAAUUUUAUUUAUAUGUUUUGUUUGUAUACAUGUAUAGUUGUUCUGUGUGAAUGCUUAUUAAUGAUAGUACAAAAGUAUCUGUGAUAUGCUUUAUACAUUAUGUUGAUGAAUAAAUGUAAUCUUGA